CUCCAACAGAACAAAGCGAACACUUCCGGUUUGUGUGAGGCGGAACAAGCGGCCCGAGGAGGGAACAAAGAAUGAUUUACUGAGUUUAUCGAUAUGGAAAUCGCCUGCUCUACUUAGUGUUGUCUCCAGCCACGAUGUCAAAACGACCAUCCUACGUCCCUCCCCCGCCCCCUGCCCCGGCAGCACAAUUGCCUUCCACCCCGGGGUUUGUGGGCUACAACCCUUACAGCCAUCUGGCCUACAACAACCUCCGGCUGGGAGGGAGCUCCGGAGGCUCCAGCAGGAACUCCUCGGGGAUCACCGUCCCAAAGCCGCCCAAGCCUCCAGACAAGCCCCUGAUGCCUUACAUGCGGUACAGCCGGAAGGUAAGCAGGAAGGUGUGGGACCAGGUGAAGGCUUCCAACCCGGACCUGAAGCUGUGGGAGAUCGGAAAGAUUAUCGGAGGGAUGUGGAGAGACCUGACCGACGAGGAGAAACAGGAUUACCUGAACGAGUACGAAGCCGAGAAGAUUGAGUACAACGACUCGUUGAAGGCCUACCACAGCUCGCCGGCCUACCUGGCGUACGUCAACGCUAAGAACCGGGCUGAGGCCGCCAUGGAGGAGGAGAGCCGACAGAGGCAGACUCGCAUGGACAAAGGAGAGCCGUACAUGAGCAUCCAGCCCGCUGAAGACCCGGAUGACUACGAUGAUGGCUUCUCAGUGAAGCAUACAGCAGCCGCUCGCUUCCAGAGAAACCACCGGCUCAUCAGCGACAUCCUCAGCGAGAUCGUGGUGCCCGACGUCCGCUCGGUGGUCACCACGGCCCGCAUGCAGGUCCUCAAGAGGCAGGUCCAGUCCCUCAUGGUGCACCAGAGGAAGCUGGAAGCUGAACUUCUGCAGAUUGAGGAUCGCCACCAGGACAAGAAGAGACGCUUCCUGGAGACCACCGACUCGUUCAACACUGAACUCAAGCGGCUUUGCGGUCAGAAGGUCGAGGUGGACAUGGAGAAGCUGGCCGCAGAGAUGGCCGUUGCCGAAGAGGCCGCCCGGCGCCGGGCGGAGGAGAGGGAGCGAGAGGCGGCCGAGCAAGCGGAGAAAGCCGCCGCUCAGCAGCAGCAGCAGGAGGCGGCUGGAAGCAAAGCUGCAGAGCAGGGCGGGGCCAAUGCUAGCACCACCGCUAACCCCACCUCAGGGACCAAGGAGGAGGACACGCCCACACCAAUGGAGACGGAUGAGGUGGCGCCUGCAGAGCCCUCGUCGGACCCUCCGCUCGCUCCACCUCCUCUGUCUGACCCCGCCUCUGAUAAAGCGACCCCUCUCCCCGAGCCGCCGCCGCCUCGGGAGACCGGCAGCUCCCCCAGUGACGACGGCAGGAGCAGCAUGGCCCCGCCCUCCUCGGACAGCAACGCCGGAGCGGCGACGCCCGACGCCCCGGCGACUCAGGAAGCCAACUCUACCGCCCCGAAUGCGGCCGCGGCGCCUCCGCCGCCCCCUCCCUCAGAAGAGCCGGCCGCUCCGCCGCCGCUGCUCCCCGCCGGCCAGAGCGGCCAACAGUACGAUGCGUAAUCGUCCGUUAGAUACGCCGUGGCAACUCUAGAGGUCCUCCCCGUGCUGCGGCGCUCCCGUCCUCCUCUUCUGGGCGGAGCGGCGGCGAUGCGUUGAAGUGAGACGUGUGUGGUGGCUGAACAGUUGAGGCUCCGAUAGUACGAUCAAUAACUAGAUAACAUGCCGAAGGGUUUAUCAGCCGGACUCGGUUGGGGGGGAAUUUAGGAUGUCGCUAACUUUGUGUUUCGAUAUGCUUGGCAUGAUGGAAAUAAUUGAUGUCACUGUGUGUGUGUGUGUGUGUGUGUGUGUGUGUGUGUGUGUGUGUGUGUGUGUGUGUGUGUGUGUGUGUGUGUGUGUGUGUGUGUGUGUGUGUGUGUGUGUGUGUGUGUGUGUGUGUGUGUGUGUGUGUGUGUGUGUGUGUGUGUGUGUGUGUGUGUGUGUGUGUGUGUGCGCAAACAUUCCUCUCUUAUAAUCAUGUCACUUGAUGGAUUUUCUAAGCAUAUAACAUAAACCACAUCCAGACUUGAGAGCAGAUACUAGGCGUCGCCCCCUCAGCGUCACUACAGGGGGCUCCUGCUUGAAGUUCAACCUCCAUCGGAAAAAAAUCGUUCGAUAUAUUUCCAGGUUGGCAGUCGGUUAAUUUCAGGCAGAUUAUGAAUGAUCAACGUCUGUGCAUUAUUUCUGUUGAUUCUACAUCGUUCCAUCAGACUUCUCUCGCUGGCGCCAGCAGGGGGUGUUUGUGCUGUUGCUAGUAUCUCUGAGUUGAUGUAUAAACCUUUAAAUCAGACCUUUAACAAGACCGCCUCCCCCUCCCUCAGAAGACCCCCAUCCCCCGACCACCACCACCAAUAUAGAACUAUUACCGUUACCACUCAUUUGUGUUGGGGAUGUAGGUGAUUCCUUUUUAGAAUAAUAUACCCAAAUUCAGCCUUUUGUAUUAAACGUGGAUUGGGCGACCGUCUCCAGAUCUGAAGUUAGUAAAUUUGUUAUUAUUGGUGCGAUUCAACAAUUAGUCGUGGCUUAGAGGAAAGCUGUAUGAAAUCUUUAAUUGUAGAACCAAGAAAUGUAACUAAUGAAAUGAUAGGCGCAAUGCAAUGUGCUUUAAAAAAUAUAUAUAGCUGUUGAUAUGAAAUGUCUUGCAAUCGAGUGUAAACACAUUGACAUCACUUGUGUGGAGAAAGCUGCCAUACCCAGUCAGCAUCUAAUUAAAAUGAUCCAUUUUAAAGACCAUGUUUCUCCUCUCCGCUGCAUCAGAACUCCACGAGCUCAGUCCUGUGUGCACUUCAAGGACUGUUUUUCCUACUUGAAUUGGACUGUUUUUAGUAAUAUGCCUGUUUUUGCAUCUUUCUUUUGUACUGUCUGGACUUAUCAAGCCAAUAAAGAGCCUUUCUCAGUC